AUGGACUCCUUCGGCCAAGGCUCCAACAACUUCGGUGGUAACCAAGGCGGCGGCGGCGGUUUCGGCGGAAACGACUCCGGCUACGGCGGCGGCGGAAACAGCUUCGGUGGUCAAGGUGGCCAGGAUAACUAUGGCGGAUCUGGAUCCGGCGGCUACGGAGGUUCCGGCUCUGGCAACUAUGGUGGCUCUGGGAAUGACAACUUCGGAGGACAGGGUGGACAGGACAACUACGGCGGUUCGGGUGGGAACGGUGGUGGCUCAUAUGGCCAGUCUGGGAACCAGGGAGGUGGCUCCUCGGGUGGUUUUGGGGGUCUCAUGAAUGAGGCUAAGAGUUUCUUGGGCAACAGCGGCAGCAACAACAGCAGUGGGAACAACAGCGGUUCUGGCAACGGUGGCUCUGGAAACUUUGUUGAUUCGAUGGUCGAUAGCAAGGUCGAUCAGUACAUUCCUUCUGGGAUGGAUAGCUCUGUGAACCAGGGUGUUAACCAGGAGGUUAAUAAGUUCCUGUGA